GGAAAUCUCGCGAGUCGCGAAAUCCCACGGAGGUCGGUUCCUGACACGGGAACAUGCUGUUAUUAUUGGGAAGGUUGGGGUGUCGGGGUCAUGUUUGGGGGUCAACGCGGCAGUGCCCGGCCCGGGCAACCGUACUGCAGUACCAGCUCAGGGGAUUCAAGAGCCGUAACCCGUAUACCCGAGGACAAGAGCAGGAGUGGAAGAAUAGAAAUAAAACCGUGCUGACCUACGUGGCUGCGGCGGUGGUAGGAAUGGUGGGGAUGUCCUAUGCUGCUGUGCCACUGUAUCGGCUAUACUGCCAGGCAACUGGACUUGGUGGGACAGCAGUAGCUGGACAUAGCUCAGAACAGAUUGAGAGCAUGGAGCCAGUCAGAUAUCGUGUAAUUAAAGUCACUUUUAAUGCAGAUGUACAUGCCAGCUUACACUGGAAUUUCAGGCCUCAACAAACAGAAGUUUAUUUGGUCCCAGGAGAAACAGCUUUAGCAUUUUAUAGAGCUCGGAAUUCCACUGACAAGCCGGUGAUUGGGAUUUCUACAUAUAACGUGGUACCCUAUGAAGCUGGGCAAUAUUUUAACAAGAUUCAGUGCUUUUGUUUUGAAGAACAAAGGCUCAAUCCUCAUGAAGAAGUAGACAUGCCCGUAUUCUUCUUCAUAGACCCCGAGUUUGCAGAAGAUCCUCGGAUGGCCAAAGUGGACACAAUCACUCUGUCAUAUACAUUCUUUGAAGCCAAGGAGGGUCAGAAAUUGCCUGUUCCUGGGUACAACUGAACUAUUUCCUCCUUUUCUCUCAAGAGACUAAAAGACUGCUGCUCUGACCUCGUGGAUUCUUUAUAUCUACAUAAAAUGACUUGAUUGUGACAAGGCACCUAGUUCAAUAUUUUAUAUUUAAAUGUAAAUUCAACUUAUUUUAUAUAAAGUUACGGAACUUUGUAUUAAAUAUUACAUAUUGUAAAAGAAACUAUGCUUACGUUGAUAACAAUGUGUGGUGAGAACACUUGGAAGCCAUUUUAGGUACAAAACCACAUAGUAGCCUUGUAUGCUUAUAACAACCAUUAGAGGCAGAAGAUCAUUACGUUCAGGCUACAAAUAGUUCUUUACACUUUGAGUAUGUUCUUGAAUCUAUGCUCAUGAAGUAGCUUUACAAAUGAUACUCUUACUCAAGAGUUAAAUUAAAAGUGAUUUUAUUUAUCAAAA